GAGCUCAGGGGCCAGGAUCUCUCCCCACCCCCACCCAAUUCUCCAAGCCCCCUGGGAAGAGGAGAGAGAGGGAAAGGCCUUCCUUUCCAUGCCCCUUUUUUGGGAACUGCCUGGCAUUGAGGCCAGUGCGACGGGACGACCUCCAAGGAGGCCCGGUCCAUAGGUUGCUCUGAGUGCAGCUCCUGGACCGAAGAGAGCCAACCAUGGCAGAGGAAGUAUGGGUGGGCACCUGGAGGCCCCAUCGCCCCCGGGGGCCCAUCAUGGCCCUCUACAGCAGCCCAGGACCCAAGUACUUGAUUCCACCCACCACGGGCUUUGUGAAGCACACACCCACCAAGCUGCGUGCACCAGCCUACAGUUUCCGUGGGGCCCCCAUGCUCCUGGCAGAGAACUGCUCCCCAGGGCCCCGCUACAGCGUGAACCCCAAGAUACUGAGGACUGGCAAGGACCUUGGCCCUGCCUACUCCAUCCUGGGGCGCUAUUGUACCAAGACCAUCAUGACCCCUGGCCCCGGUGACUACUUUCCAGAGAAAUCGGCCAAGCACGUGUUUGACUCAGCACCCAGCCACUCCAUUUCUGCCCGAACCAAGACCUUCCGAGUGGACAGCACCCCAGGCCCUGCCGCCUACAUGCUGCCUGUGGUCAUGGGGCCCCACACCGUUGGCAAGGCGUCCCAACCCUCCUUCUCCAUCAAAGGCCGCAGCAAGCUGGGCAGCUUCAGUGACGACCUUCACAAGACCCCAGGUCCUGCAGCCUACCGCCAGAUGGAUGUGCAGGUGACAAAGUUCAAGGCUCCACAAUACACCAUGGCAGCCCGGGUGGAGCCCCCAGGGGACAAGACCCUCAAGCCAGGACCAGGAGCCCACAGCCCUGAGAAGGUGACAGUGACCAAGCCCUGUGCCCCCAUCGUCACCUUCGGCAUCAAACAUUCUGACUACAUGAUGCCCCUCGUGGUGGAUGUGGAAUAGCCCUGACCCCUACCGCACCCCAUCACCCACAGCCUCUGCACAUCAUGUUCCCACAUCUGGGCCGUGGGCUAGGAACGCCUCCUCCCCAAGCUGGGCUGUGGCCCGCCUGGCCUGUAGGGCAGAGCAUACCUGUUUGGACAGUUGUGACCAGUUAUUUUUUCUAUGCUGCUUUCCCAUUUGCUAAUCUUGUUUCCUGCUGUGCCCACAUGUUUAAUAAACCACAGAUCCCAUUAGUAAUGGGUUUGUCUUGA